AUGUCAUUCUCCAACCUUGUCUCUGAUCUCGCAUUCAGAGAUUCCCAGGAUGACCGAAGUUCGCAGAUUUCCCAUGCACGGUCGCAGGUUACUGCCCGGUCAUACACUAGCACGGCUGCGACAAGUGUUAGCAUAUCUGGUGAUAUUUCUAGUCAGCUUCAUUCUGGCUACAGUCAUCCAUUGAGCAGAUCAUGGCAAGCGGAGAAGCAGUUGACCAAGGAGAUGCUUAUCUACCCUCUCUUUAUCACUGACAAUCCCGAUGAAGAGACGCCCAUUCCAUCCCUGCCAAAUCAACACCGUCGAGGGCUGAAUCGAUUGGUUCCGUUUCUAAGGCCAUUGGUCCAGAAAGGCCUGCGUUCUGUGAUGCUAUUUGGCGUGCCCUUGCACCCAUCUGCAAAGGAUGCAUUGGGGACCGCUGCAGACGACCCGACCGGGCCAGUAGUUCAGGCCAUCCGCGUUCUUCGUUCGCGCUUUCCCCAGCUUUAUAUCGUGACCGAUGUUUGUCUCUGUGAAUAUACUUCGCAUGGUCAUUGCGGGAUACUGCGUGAGGACGGAACAUUGGACAACGCACUAUCCGUUGAUCGAAUUUCCGAUGUAGCAUUGGCUUAUGCUGCCGCCGGGGCUCACUGUGUGGCUCCAUCGGACAUGAAUGACGGAAGAGUCCGCGCCAUCAAGUUGAAGUUGAUUGAAGCUGGCAUUGCUCACCGUGUCCUUCUGAUGUCCUAUAGCGCCAAGUUUAGUGGAUGCCUUUACGGUCCUUUCCGAGAUGCUGCAGGGUCCUGCCCAUCCUUCGGAGACCGAAGGUGCUACCAAUUGCCCCCGGGCGGUCGCGGGCUUGCUCGGCGAGCGAUACAGAGAGACAUUGGCGAGGGUGCUGACAUUAUAAUGGUGAAGCCUGCAAGUAGCUAUCUGGACAUUAUCAGAGACGCCAAGGAGCUUGCAAAAGAUAUGCCAGUUGCUGCCUACCAGGUCAGCGGUGAGUAUGCUAUGAUACAUGCAGGGGCUAAGGCGGGGGUUUUUGAUUUGAAAUCUAUGGCCUUUGAGAGCACCGAGGGGAUAUUACGGGCCGGUGCUGGUAUCAUAGUGAGCUACUUUGUGCCUGAUUUUCUGGACUGGCUUUCUUAA